AUGCUCGUGUCUUCUUGCAUUUCUGGCUACACAAUUGGACCAGCGAGACUAGGUGCGCACAGUUGGGCCAAAGAAACUCUGAGGCUUCACGCGAAGGACGUUAGAAACCCUGCCUACUCGUCCAAACAGAUAGAAUUUGCUCAGACUGGUGAUCAUUUGUGGAAUUCUGCCCAGCUACAGAUGGUUAGAGAAGGCAAGAUGCAUGGAUUCCUGCGAAUGUAUUGGGCAAAGAAAAUACUGGAAUGGACAGCUGAGGGCCCAGAAGAAGCAUUAGCCCUAGCUAUUCGCCUCAACGAUAAAUAUAGUCUAGAUGGAAGGGACCCCAACGGCUACACAGCAACUAAUAAAGUAUUACUUUUGCAGGAUGCAUGUGGUCAAUAUGCGGAAUUCACGACCAAGGAUGGGCCGAACGUCCAAUAUACGGCAAGA